GCCACAUCAUCUGGAAAUGUAGCAGUGUUAUUAUUAGAACAGCUAAUAUAAAGACAGGAAAGACUUCCUCGGAGCACUUCUCAGCGCGUGACGCAGUUCAACUAGUGCCCCACUUUGUUGUGCGAGCAGCAGCAGCAGCAGUCUGCAGGAGCGAGCCGCUGGUUGGUGCAGACGUCUCGGUACCGGGGACGUCGGUGCUUUGCUGGGCCCUCACCGCCCUCAUCAUGGAGUUUUUAAUGGGGAAUCCGUUCAGCACGCCGGUGGGGCAGCGGAUCGAGCGUGCGACCAACUCCAGCCUGCCGUCCGACGACUGGGCACUCAACAUGGAAAUCUGUGAUGUGAUCAACAGCUCAGAGGAAGGACCCAGAGAUGCAAUCAGAGCUGUAAAGAAAAGAAUUGUGGGGAACAAGAACUUUAAGGAGGUCAUGCUGACGCUCACUGUCCUGGAGACGUGUGUGAAGAACUGCGGCUACAGGUUUCACAUCCUGGUGACAACGCGGGAUUUUAUCGAGGGGGUUCUGGUGCGGGCGAUCAUCCCGAGGAACAACCCUCCUUUGAUCCUGCAUGACAGAGUGCUCAGCAUAAUACAGGCGUGGGCUGAUGCAUUCCGCAGCUCACCCGACCUGACGGGUGUGGUGUCAGUGUACGAAGACCUGCGAAGGAAAGGACUUGAGUUCCCCAUGACAGAGCUUGACGGCUACUCACCCGUCCAAGCUCCCAAAAAGACUUUGCCUGAGAAUAGGCCUGCUGUCACUACUCUUCCUGCUGUGCUCCUGUCUUCCAAACCACUCGUCCCACCCCUGACCUGUGAGCUAAAACAGGCCCUAGAGGGAACCGAGGCCCUCACUCCCAACCAGGUAACAAAGCUUAAGGCAGAGCUGGGAGUGGUGCGGAGCAACCUGACUAUGAUGUCAGACAUGAUGAGUCAGCUGGAUCCCGUCACGGUAAAACAAGCAGACAUGGAGCUGCUGGAGCAGUUAUACACAGUAUGUAAGGAAAUGCAAGACAGGAUAGUGAAGAUCGUCCCCAGACUCAGCGAGGAGAAGCUGAUUGAAGAGUUGUUGGCGACUAACGAUGAGAUGAACACCGCCUUCACUCGCUACAGCAGGUUUGAAAGACGAAUAACAAACGGUCAAAACACGACACAGAAGAGCCACUCAUACGUCAACCUCGCAGACCUCAAUCUCACAGCGGAGUCUGGCAGCCAAUCAGAGAUCGCAUCCAUCGCCGGUGACAGUCCGCUCAGCCAAUCAAAAGCUGACAGUUUGUCCGGUCAGAUGGCAAGACUUAGCACUAGUGAAGCAGAUGACUUGGACACAUUAUUACAGAAAAGAAAUAUCUCAACUCAACAAAGACCAAGUGAGCAGAGUGAAGUGGACGGCCUGGCUCGAGCCCAGGACGGCAGACUACAAAUCACUGGAACGAUUCCUAUCAACCAGUCCAAUGUAAUGGAUGAUAUUGAGAAAUGGCUAGCGCUGGAUGAUGAGUAUGAUGACUUUGAGGACUCUGAUGGUGUGACCAGUGAAGAGUUUGACAGGUUUCUAGCAGAAAGAGCAAAAGCAGCUGAGCGCCUGCCAUCUCUCCGCGCCUCCACACAGGAUACCAACCACUCCGGGUCUUAAUCUACACAUAAACCUGCCAAACUAACAAUACUCAUGAAGCUCCUGCGCCAUCAACAGAAAGAUGCAGAUUUCUCUUUGAUGAAUGGUUGAGUGGCACAUCUGACAUGGGAAACGAAGCCCGUAUUUGAGGAAAGACGUCAUAUCUGUGUAUACUGCUCUUUACUUGGGUGCAAACUGUUUUUUUUAACUGAUAAAAAAAUAAUGUUAUUUGCUGAAGGACAGAGGUUUUUACUUGACAUUGUUAUGAGGAGUUGUCCAUUUGUGGAAUGCAAAUAUUUGCACAUUUUAUAUGGUUACAUUCCUGCUGUUGAAGGAGAGAGAGGAUACAGUUACAGAAAAACAACUUUUGCAACAUAGAUUAUGUAUUAUAUUGCUGUGAUACAGUAUAUGUCAAAUAUCAUGGUGGGUUACAGAAAACACCUCUGUCAAAGUAGCAAACACUGUAAACUUGUAUGUAAGAGAAGCUCAGCUAUUGCUAUAAUAGUUUGAUGCUUGUUUCCAUGUUGUUAUUAUUAUUGUAGGAUGUGGAAGGAAACUACAUGAGGUUUUUUACAUCCAACAUUCCCCUUGUGAAGAUGUUUUACUUGAAGUUUAACAGAAAGUCAUGGCAGACUGCUGUCAUAUAUUAAACUAAAACUAUUAACUGGAA